AUGUGCAAGGAGGAUCAAGCAGAGGUGUUGCGAUUGGAAGGUAAUGAGCACUUUCGAGCGAAGAGAUUCUCGAACGCAAUCAACUGUUACACAAAAUCUCUACAGAUCCAUCUCAAUGCAGCCGUUCUCUCGAAUCGAGCACAAGCCUAUCUGUGUUUGAAAAGAUACGAGAAGGCGUUGAUGGACUCAAAAAGAGCGAUUGCUCUCGAUGGUGCUUCGCUGAAGGCGAGUGGAAUUGAAUUAAAACUGCACAAUUUCAGACAUGCAAUGGCUUUGCAAAGCCUUGGAUUGUAUGAAUUGGCAUCGAAAGAUUUAGAUGAAAUCCUCAAAAUGGACAGCAGUAAUAAGGAAACAAUGAAACUGAAAGAAAGCAUCAAAAAUAAAAAGAAUGUGCGUAGUGUAACGUUGAGAUGCGUUGAUAAAUGUGAUACGAUUCGAUCGGAGGUUCCGCUCAAGGAACUGCAUUCUGAUUCAGUGAAAGUCGUUGGUGCUUCAUGUGAAACGCAUCGUGUUACGGUUGCGUUAUUUAGAUUCAUUCUAUCGCGCAAAUUGCAGAAAGAAAUUGCUAGUGAGUCGCGAUCGGUUGAUGAUUACUGCGUUCGCAUCCCUUCACCUCCAACAACAUCGUAUCAAUUUAUCGUCGACUACACAUCUCUGAAAGAAUCACCUGAAAAAUUCGCCGAAUACUUUAUCUCAAUAGAUCCGAAUGAAUAUGAUCGGUUAUUUGGUGAUAUAAUAGAGAGUGACAUGGUAUCGCUGCUGAUCGCUGGAUUUAAUAAAGUGGUGAAUGAUUGUAAUCACUCGAAAAUAAUCGAGUCGUUGUUGAGAUUAAGAUCAGUGCCGAGAUUUGAUAUUGCUGCAAUGUUUUUGGAUGAGACUGAUAAAAAAGGUGAGUGUUUGCGGUUGAUUCGUUGUUUUGUGAUUGAUGAAUACGAGUAG